AUGUUUCAGACCGUGAAUUGUGGUAAUACAUCGAAUAUAGACACUGCUUUUGUUGAAGGGUCUAUAAAAUGGAAGACAAUACCUCUAGCUUUCUAUUCUGGACUCUACGCUUACUCGGGAUGGCAAUAUCUACCUUCGAUUUCUGAAGAAAUCAUCAACCCUGGCAGGACAAUUCCUUUGGCGAUUAUAAUAUCCGUCAUCAUCGUCAUCAUCAUAUACGUUCUCACUAACAUUGCUUACUUCGCUGUGCUAAACUCGGCUGAAAUCAUCGCUUCCAACGCAGUUGCAUUGGACUUUGGUCAACGUGUUUUUGGAAACUGGUCAUGGAUUCUUAGUGUUGUAGUUGCCAUCUCUAUAGCAGGCAACUUGAACGGCGGUGCAAUCACUUUUGCCAGAGUGCUGCUCGUAGCAUCACGUGAAGGCCACGUUCCCAAAGUCCUGUCAAUGGUACACAUAAAUCAGAAGACACCACUUCCAGCCGCUGCAGGCCUGGUAAGUCAAGAUAAUAUAGAUGGUACACAAAAGAUAAAUAGAUUAGCAGUUCUUCCUUUUGUUGGCGCAGAAAUGCUGUAAAAUCAUGAUCGUAAUCAAGGGUUCUCAAAUAUCAGCAGAACCCCUCCUAGUAAUAGUAAUUGACAGUUCUCAAAUAUUGAUCAGCAGAACCCCCUCCUGCAGCAGGUCUGGUAAGUCAGGAUCAUAUUUAACGGUACACAAAGUUCAACAGAGCCCCUCUGUUGCAGGUCUGGUAAGUCAGGAUCAUAUUUAAUGGUACAAAAAGUUCGGCAGAACCCUUCUGUUGCAGAUCUGGUAAGUCAGGAUCAUAUUUAAUGGUACACAAAGUUCGGCUGAACCCUUCUGUUGCAGGUCUGGUAAGUCAGGAUCAUAUUUAAUGGUACACAAAGUUCGGCAGAACCCUUCUGUUGCAGAUCUGGUAAGUCAGGAUCAUAUUUAACAGUACACAAAGUUCGGCAGAACCCUUCUGAUGCAGGUCUGGUAAGUCAGGAUCAUAUUUAAUGGUACACAAAGUUCGGCAGAACCCUUCUGUUGCAGGUCUGGUAAGUCAGGAUCAUAUUUAACAGUACACAAAGUUCGGCAGAACCCUUCUGUUGCAGGUCUGGUAAGUCAGGAUCAUAUUUAACAGUACACAAAGUUCGGCAGAACCCUUCUGUUGCAGGUCUGGUAAGUAAGGAUCAUAUUUAACAGUACCCAAAGUUCAACAGAACCCUUCUGAUGCAGGUCUGGUAAGUCAGGAUCAUAUUUAAAGGUACACAAAGUUCGGCAGAACCCUUCUGUUGCAGAUCUGGUAAGUCAGGAUCAUAUUUAAUGGUACACAAAGUUUGGCAGAACCCUUCUGUUGGAGGUCUGGUAAGUCAGGAUCAUAUUUAACAGUACACAAAGUUCAACAGAACCCUUCUGUUGCAGAUCUGGUAAGUCAGGAUCAUAUUUAAUGGUACACAAAAGAACCCUUCUGUUACAAACUGGUAAGUCAGGAUCAUAUUUAAUGGUACACAAAAAUCGGCAGAACCCUUCUGUUGCAGGUCUGGAUCAUAUUUAAUGGUACACAAAGUUCAACAGAACCCUUUUGUUGAAGGUCUGGUAAGUCAGGAUCAUAUUUAAAGGUACACAAAGUUCGGCAGAACCCUUCUGUUGCAGAUCUGGUAAGUCAGGACCAUAUUUAACAGUACACAAAGUUCGGCUGAACCCUUCUGUUGCAGGUCUGGUAAGUGAGGACCAUAUUUAAUGGUACGCAAAGUUCGGCUGAACCCUUCUGUUGCAGGUCUGGUAAGUCAGGACCAUAUUUAAUGGUACACAAAGUUCGGCAGAACCCUUCUGUUGCAGAUCUGGUAAGUCAGGAUCAUAUUCAAUGGUACACAAAAAUCGGCAGAACCCUUCUGUUGCAGGUCUGGAUCAUAUUUAAUGGUACACAAAGUUCAACAGAACCCUUCUGAUGCAGGUCUGGUAAGUCAGGAUCAUAUUUAACAGUACACAAAGUUCGGCAGAACCCUUCUGAUGCAGGUCUGGUAAGUCAGGAUCAUAUUUAACAGUACACAAAGUUCAACAGAACCCUUCUGAUGCAGGUCUGGUAAGUCAGGAUCAUAUUUAACAGUACACAAAGUUCGGCAGAACCCUUCUGAUGCAGGUCUGGUAAGUCAGGAUCAUAUUUAACAGUACACAAAGUUCAACAGAACCCUUCUGAUGCAGGUCUGGUAAGUCAGGAUCAUAUUUAAAGGUACACAAAGUUCGGCAGAACCCUUCUGAUGCAGGUCUGGUAAGUCAGGAUCAUAUUUAACAGUACACAAAGUUCGGCUGAACCCUUCUGUUGCAGGUCUGGUAAGUCAGGAUCAUAUUUAACAGUACACAAAACGGGCUGAACCCUUCUGUUGCAGGUCUGGUAAGUCAGGACCAUAUUUAACAGUACACAAAGUUCGGCUGAACCCUUCUGUUGCAGAUCUGGUAAGUCAGGAUCAUAUUCAAUGGUACACAAAAAUCGGCAGAACCCUUCUGUUGCAGGUCUGGAUCAUAUUUAAUGGUACACAAAGUUCAACAGAACCCUUCUGAUGCAGGUCUGGUAAGUCAGGAUCAUAUUUAACAGUACACAAAGUUCAACAGAACCCUUCUGAUGCAGGUCUGGUAAGUCAGGAUCAUAUUUAAAGGUACACAAAGUUCGGCAGAACCCUUCUGAUGCAGGUCUGGUAAGUCAGGAUCAUAUUUAACAGUACACAAAGUUCGGCUGAACCCUUCUGUUGCAG